AUGAGGAAUAAGCCGAAUAACGGGGAGCAGCGGGCCGGGGCGCAGCACAGACACCAUCUCAGUGCACCCAGCCCAUGGGUGGAAGCCCCAAUGAGCUGUUCAGUUUCAAAUGAAUUAAGCUACAUCACAGACACAACGGACGCAGAACAAGAUGAUUUACCUUGUGAUGGAGAUGGGGGAAUAGCCUGCAAAUAUCACAGCAAGUCAGAUCAAUUGAAUGGCUGCACUUGUAUCGUGUGUAUUUCUGAUUCUUUAAACUUACCCUGCUCUGGAGAUAACAGAAACGCAUCAGCAAAUGAUGACAUUCAUGUACAAGAUGAAGGUGCCUUUGACUGUAACACAGGUACCAUCAGGACAGUCAGAAGUAAAGCUGGAAUAGCUGGAAGUGAAGUGUCCUUCACACAGGCAUUACCAGCUGGUGGUAGCCAACCAGAUGGCACAGACCCUCCGAGUCACUCAAACAUGUCCCAUGUCCUUCUGCGUCAUUUUCCUAUGGGAGAGUUGAUGAGCACAUGGCAGUUUAUUGAACGUGAGACUAUACCAGAAACAUCCCUGACUGAAAGUAUUGACGAAGCCACAAACAAACAUGAGACUUCUGAACGUGUCAAAGGCCCUUCAACGGGUGAACAAGAGGCAGCCAAGUUUGAAGAACACCACUUACAAAGGCUCAAAGCAGUGAAUAUCUUUCAAAACACAGAACAGAGACGCAUGCUUAAGAAAUCAGUUUCUUCUCAUGAGCUCAUAGAAGACCAAGGUGAAGUUCAGAGUCGUCAGGAAGGCCAUAAUGAAGUCACUUCAGAAAUGAAAGUACCAGAAAUGAGUGAGAAUAAGAAAUCAGUUCCCACCAUUAAAAGAACAAAACCCUUCCCCAGACUGCUAAAUCAAUCAGUAACUGGCAACAACGUCCUAGAAAAUCAGGAAGAAAUGAGCAUUCCAGAACCAUCCCAGCAGCGAAAGAUACUUCCUCAGUCGGGUUUUCCAAAUGCAGGAUUUGCCAUUUACUCAGGAGCCCCUGAGGACUCUACAGCAAACACCUGUGUCCUUCUACAGCCUGCACAUGGUUUGUCUGAACCAAGACUGCCGUGUGGGACAACAACAUCAGCACUUCCAGCAACUCGCACAGUAGAAAUACGCUGUUUAAAUGCUUCUAAUUUACUGCCCGAAACAACACAAGGAGAGAAGAUGUCUCAAAUACUAAAGGAUCAGACAGAUCAACUAAAAACGAAAGUGGAAGACUUCUCUAAACACAUGACCAGAGAGACAUCUCUCUUACAAGAAGAUUAUCUGGUUCUAAAUCAAUUGAAAACACACCUUGAUGCCUUGGAAAGGAAUUAUUUAACUGCUAGAGAGGAGCAUCGUAACUUACAGCUGCAGUGCUACAAGGACAAGUCUACCGGCAUUGGAGAAUUUGAUCCUGAAAGAAAAGUAGAAGGGGAAAUAUUUAGACUUGGCACGCUGCUUGAAGACAUCCAAGAACAAGCUGACGGCAGCAAGCACAGAUGGGCUCCUUCGCUUACUUCCUGUGGAUCUGCCCAUUCAUCCUAUCGUCUUUGGGAGAGCUCAGCACUUUCAAGUGUUACUGACUCUCCUGAAGAAAAUGCAUUUCUUCCCAAGAACAAUGAAGGAGAAAAUACAAGCCAGACAAGUUCUGUAACCCUGCAGAAAAACACCCGCUUCUCUUUACAAUGUGAAAGGUGCCAUCUUCGGAUUCAUACGUUACAGAAGAGAGCUGAAUCAACUUACAGAAGAGAAAUGGAUCCUCUGGGAAAAAGCUGUCUGCUAGCAAGCAAGUGUUCUUCAAGUGAAAUGAGAUUCUCUCCACCUGAAGGAAAAUACGAGGCUGAAGGUCUUGGAUUCCAUACUCAGGGUACAUUAAGUCCAAAAUAUAGUGCCAGUGAAGAGAGUAUGAAGGGAAAUAACAUCCAGGAAAGGAAAACUGGAAUACAAACCAUCUUCUUUCUAAGAAAACCAACUGAUUUAUCAGAUACAAAUCUGAGCAGUGAUUCAGAAGCUCUCUCAGCCUAUUAUUCUUAUGGUUCACAAACUGAAGAAUUUGUGAAAUGUGGAAGUCACAAAAUACUCCAUACAAGACUACAUAGAGAGAGGAAAGGGUUUAAAUGCAGAUGCUCCAGAGAAAGCCCAAAUCCAUUUAAAUUCAUGAAUUACCAGGAGUCUGUUCAGUCCUGUGCUCCACAUGGAAAUAACAACUCUGGUUCAACUUCUUAUUCACAGAAGAGAAUCCUCAGUCAAAAGGCUCAAACAAAUCAACAGCCUCCUGAACCCAUCAAAAGACUUCCUGAAAGCAAGAAGUCUGCUCGAAACACAACUGCAAUCAACACCAGAAACAGAAAUGCCAAGGAUUUCAACAUAAACAUUUUAAAUUCUACUCUGGAUCAUGCGAUACAAACAGCAAACAGCUUGAAGAAAGCUACAGAAAAAAUGGUGCAAGCCAUUUCAGAAGAUCUAGCAAGAGCUGCAAGAAAACAGCUUUAACAAUCUAGUUUCAAAUGCUACUUCCUUUUUUUUGUUGGUUGAUACAAAAUGACAAACAUCUUCACAAAUAUAAACUGAUGAAGAUCAGAAAAUGAGCUGGCUUUAGUUCUGUGACUGUACAUACUGGUUUUCCACAUGUUCAUCCUCAGUGUCUGAACUAGAAAAUGAUCUGCUUGUUCCAUUGAAGUCUUUGAUGUUUUGGCUGGCCCCUGUUACUGCUUAUGGUAACCGCCUUCUCUAAGCAUUCAUUAAGCAUCCAUUUAAAGUAGCUUUAUAAAAAACUGGCCUAUCAAGCAAGGUUAGCUUCUUUAAUUUCCAUUUCCCUCCACCCCCAAAGAGCAGAAUGAGUUUCCUUCACUCCAACAUACAUUUUCUUCUCCCGCUUUAAAAGUAGCCACCUGAACACAUCAGCAAAUAGAAGCAGGUUCUGCACCUGUAGGCAGGAUGCUGGCAUAUCAAGUCAUAUUAAGGCACACAAUUAUUCCUGGAGUGCCCUACAUUGACAGUGCUUUAAGGCAGAUCCUUGCAUGUCUCAGAAACAGAGCCAUGCCACUGGUUGUUUGCAUAUUCCUAACAGUUAAGCUGUUGCUUCAAUUAGAUGUCCUUACCUUGGCUGAUAUACCUGACUGGGAUUUCAAACUGAUGUAGGCUACAGGAUUAUCAAAAACUAGAAAUACAGCAGGCCAAGAAUGUGGUACACGAUUUUUCUUCUGAAAUCCAUUUAAGUGUAGCUACUAAAAGCAAGCAGACAGUUAACAGCAGUGUAUAUAACCAGAGAUUCUAUUCACUGAAAUCCAAAGUAUAUCAUGCAUCAUUCAAAUUAGAAGGGGCCUUUCAUGAUCAUCUAGCCCAACUCUCCUGUGAGUGAAGGCACAUCAACCGCUCCAUCAGGUUGCUCAGUGCCCACUCCUGCCUGACCUUGAACAUCCCAAGGACAUCCACCACCUCUCAGUGCAAUCUGUUCCAACGCUUCACUACCCAUUCUGUACAGAACUUCUCUCUUAUAUCCAAAUCCCCUCUUCUUUAGUUGGAAACCAUUUCUCCCCUCCUGUCACAAACAUCUCUUUUAAAGAAUCUGUCCCCUUCCUUCUUCCAGCCCUGCUUCACAUACUCAAAGGCCACUACUGGGCCUCUCAUCUCCAAGAUGAACAGCCUCAAGUCUCUCAGCCUGAUUUCCUCUCACUUGGACAACGUGCUGAAUAAGGAGACUUAGUUCAGCAUUACCAAUUGAUAUUUCUUCAUCUCUGUGCAAUAAAUCUACGUCAAAACAACAGGUUUUAUACAACUUGUUAAUUUGGUCCUUAAGUAGGACAUUCUGAUGUUAUUUUGUUGUGCAUUGAUUGCUUUUAAGUUACACAUUUUUAUAAAUUAUAAAACUGCCUUAAAGGAGGGGAAGAAAAAAUCUGCACCAUUUAAUUAAUUCUGAAUGAACUUAACUAGCAAAGACAUUCUCUUAACCCACAAGUUUGCCUGAGGACAACAGAACAUCUUUCUGCAACACCAGAAGUGAAUACCCUCACAGGCUGGGGAAAGCAUAUAUAAACAUCUGAGUAAUCUAUUAGGUUACAUUAUGACAUUUCUCAUUUAACAUUAGUAUAUGAGUGCAUCUCAGUACAAUAUUAUCCCCUUAAAGGUUAUUAAAUAAAUUUAUAAUACAAAUAAUUAUUAGUGGUACGACAGAGCUCAAUUUAUUUGAUCCACUUGAACACAAACUGAUGUAUACACAAAAAGAACAGUGAAUUUUCUAGAUAACAAGUUUUGAUGAUUGUUUGCUCCUUUAUUUAUUAAGGCAUCACGUCCUGCCAAAGACUCACCAUCUGCCUUCCCUUCUUUUCCUCUCUCUCAUUUCUUCCCCAGAAAUUUAAUGUUCAUUUAAUAUUUUACAUAGUUUGGGAGCCAGUAGAACACUGUCAUGGAGAAUUUCAUUUCUUAAAUAGAUAGAUUAAGUAGACAAACAGGAAGUUUAUAAGAAAUUAUCUUUGAAAAGCUUUAGUAAUAAUUCCUAUACAUAAAUAUACAGUGCACUUUGGUCCACAGUUAUCAGCAUUUCUCCAAAGCUGUUUAUUGAAGUUAGAACUGCUUGUUAAGUCUGUGAUUGUAUUUCUACCUUACCCACUACCAUUGGAAAAAAAAAAAUGCAUUUUAACAAUGACAUAAUUCAUGUUUCCAGUGAGUUAUUUUACAGAGAACAAGUCAAAGAUGCUGCACUUGCAUUGAAUGUUUUGUCAUUUCUGUUUACAAACUUCCUUCUGAAGCCUUUAAGUGCUGAGACCCUUCUUAAUUCAAUCAUCUUUAGAAACAAACUAUUAGAAAAAGUUUUCACAGUUUUCAAAAACAAUUAGAUUUCAUAUAUAAUCUGAAUAACUCAUAUAUAAUUUAUUAGGGACUAACAUACCCUUUUGUAAAAGCACACCCUGAUUAUUUCUCUUCUGCCUUCUACUUCUCCCCCUCCCAAAAGAGCAGCAUCUUUAUAAUUUAAAGUGACAUUCAGCUGGCCAGGAACACACCGUGUCCCAGUGCACCAACUGGAAGAGUCAGCUGUGCAAGAAUAUGUACAUGUUCUACUUUAUUUGUCUUCGCCUAAAGCAUCAUAAGCAUCACCAUUGCUACUCAUCCUUGAUGCAGACUGUAUCCUUCGGUUUAUUAAGGCUCUUGACUUCAUCCAGCAGUCUUCUAGGUGUCAAAAUAUGUGUAGAACCUGACAAAACAGUGACUUCAGUCUGGUGCAAGUAUGGUUUAUAAACACUCCCUCUUAAAAAUAUUAUAUAUAAGGUAAAAACCACAGCUGUGUAACAAAUAUACAUAUAACUAAAUAUUAUACACACAAAAAUAUACAUUUAAGUACCAGCUACAGCAAAAUGCUCUCUUUCUGUAGCUGGCCAUCAGAAAAGUACAACAGCUCAAAAUACUUUUAUAUGUUAUAUAAAGCACCGUAAUUAUAGCUGUCAAGAUUAGGCAGCACCUCUUCCACAUACCAGAGAUACUCAGAAGAAAGCACCGUGUCUCUUGACGCUCCGCCCCUUGCCCUCAGUUAAAUGAAACCUGCCAGUAUUUCAGGACCAGGAGAGACUGGAGAAGCAGAGAGAGGGUGCCAGGGACUGCAAACUUACAACCCGUGACAACUCUUCAUUUGGAUACCAGUUUCAGGUCCCUAGUCUAGUUUGAAUCACAGACUUUAAUGUGGGCCAACAACUUCCAGUAAAACAAAGCUCCUUCUGUUUCUACAGAAAAGCAUUCUUAGACAACAUACCUGUGCUGAAAGUAAAUCCCUACAUACCACCUCCUCCCCACCGUAGGCUUACCAAUGAUAACUUCACACGACUUGUGGGCUUGAGAAACUUCAUAAGCGCUGCGCAUCUCAGAGUAAGUAAUUCCUCCGAUCACAAAGAUAAUCAAUCUUGCAUUGCUCCUUCGCUCAUCUUGGUAACUACCUUUAGGCUUCUGGCGAGCACUGCAAUGCAAUUCAUAACGUUUAUAUAGUUUUAAUGACCUCUGGCUUGUAACAAUACACUUAACAAGCAGCAACAGCUUCUGUCCUGCAGUACAUACAGCAAAAUUUAGAUUAAUUGAAAACUACAACAGUAAGUUAUAGCAGUACACAGAAGCUGUUCUACUAUCAAAACGGAAAAGAAAUCCAAAGCAAAAACCUUGUUGCUUCUCUACUAUGAAGUUUAGUUCUGCCUGCUUCCAGUUACAGUAGCAGUCACAGGAUGAUCAUCCGUUAUUAAAGCUUCACACUACACUACUAAAAGUGAUUCAAUCUGCUCUUCUCUUAAUCAGAACAUGGAAAUGCAUUUCUAAAUGUGAGUCAAAAAUCACUAAGUAAGUCCAGAUAAUAAACUACCCAAGACUAAGAAGAGUUACUAAUUUAACAAUCAAGUUGAGUAUGCUUUAGGUGAGUUAAAAAUGUAGUUUAACACCUCAAAUAUCACCUUAUCUAAAUUUUAACAGUCAGAAAAUUAACUUCUGCGAAGCCUUAAAACAUACGACAAAGAUGUCAAGAAAUACGUAAAUUUACUUCUGCAGAAAACAAAUAGUUUACCUUACUAUUCCUGAGCCAUUCCAGGUAGGAGGACACUGGGAACAAUAAGGCCAUUCUUUUGAAUCCAGUUUGUUCUCUAUAGCAUCCUGAAAGACAAAACAAAGACUCACUUUGAAAAACUGUGGAAAACAAAAGCCCAUUAAGUUUCAGCUUCCAGUAAGGAUGGCUAACUGGAACUUAAUGUCAUUUCUCAGAACAACCAAUGGCAACCAACAUUCCAAGAACAGUGCUCCAAGUAGCAAAAUACUGCUCCACAUAAUGCUAAAAAUCCUUCUGAAGCUUUGUACAUCAUUAGGAAAUGGGAGUACACGUGCUUUCUCUCUAAAAAUCAUUCAGGUAUUACUAGUAUAGUUUGUCAUCUGCAAUCAACCUGACUGACUUCAUUUUUCAGGAAGAUCCUAUGAGAGAAGUAAUAGACCCUUGAAGGGCCAUUAAGUUCAAUAAUCUAUCAAGUAAAGCAAAACCUGCAAAUGACUGCACUGGGUCAGAACAAAGACCAAGCAACCCCUCUACUCUGCCAGACGUCAGUGACAAAACAAUGCCAACUAACAUUUCCUAGCCCCUACCAAUCUGCAGUUAUGAUUUGCAUUACUAACUCGAAACCUUCUGGAAGAAAACCCAAAUAACAACAGGAACAAUUAAUAUCCAGAUCUACAUUACACAGAGUAUUACCUAUUACGUGAUAGGCACUUCAAAAAAUACUUUCACUCCAAUUUCCUUCAAUCUUAAGCCAAACUACAACAAGGAAGAUGGCCUUCUAGCUAUCAAGAGAUUACAAGUCAUUACUAAACAAAAGUAAUAUAUAAUAUUAUGGAAAUCGAACACAAAUGCACACUUGGAAUCUCCCUGCAAUGUACUCAAGAAAUUUACCUCCAUAACAUCUUUUAUAAGAGGUGUCCACCUGGAGAGUUGAAAAGUUUCUUCUGCAGAGCGGUCCCUCCUGGGCUGCUUUUGUUGCUGAACAGCUGACUGAAGAGAUAUUCUAAAUGUUAGCUGUAUUACACAGGACAUUUGGGUUUUAUUGAAACUUUAAAGCUUGCAGCAGGUAGGGAAAAGUCAGUAGGAAUUAUUAAAGAAAUUAUCACCUGCUACAAUCAGACCAUUAUAUAAAUGCUAAUCAAUCCACAGGCAAUCAUGCCUCAAGAACUGAAGAUGUACUAGAAAAGUGGUAGCCAAGUGCUUGGACAGUAGGAAAUUAAAAAAAUCUUACUGAAGACAUAAUAGGAACAUGAAGGUAUUCCCAGUUUCUUAUCAUAUCACUGUCACUUUCUAUUUGUACAUUCUGGAUCAGCUUGUCCAAGUUCUCCUGGGUAGUUCCUUUGAUAGAAGAAAAACACACGACUUUGUUACCACAUGACUGUCAGCAAAACCACUUCUACCUUAUGCAUUCUGGGCUUUUUUUUGUUGUUGUUAUUACUACUUUUGAUUGGCUGGGUUUUUUGCUUGUUUGUUUUUUAUUAGCCAGUACACAAUUUCAGCAUUAUCUGUAUUUUAGAUAAGAACUUGCUUCAGUGGUACUUUUUUGAGAGUAGAGCUCGCUUUAGUAAUAGAUUCAUUAAACCUACAUUCUGGACUUUUUCUAUUUCUUUAGUACAAAUUCUUCCCCAUUUUCAGGUUGCAGUGGACAUGAAGCUCCCCUUUUAACAGCUUCAGUAUUGCAUGAAAAAAGAGAAAAGUCAAGGUGUUGCACACAUUCAAGCACAAGAAUGAUACUAAAGAAGAAUAUGGAUCUGUGCUUGAAUUUAAACCCUUAUUUCUUUACCAAGAGCAUCUUUGUUAUCUUUCAUGCCGUAUGUGGGAAGAGAAGCUACAGAGGAUAGGCAGUAUUUCUUUCAAACUCUACCAGCUGCUUAAGUUAAGUAAAAAAUGCUGGGCUCUACCAAAACAUUUGAAAUUUAUUCCAUAACACUGGGACUAAAAGCAAGGCAGCUUAACAUACCAUUUGUGCUGAAGAUAUACAGGAGAAUAGCUCUAAUUUUGUCAUAGCUGUCAUGACUUUUGUUGAGCAGAACUGGAAGGAGGACUCUCAUCGAGUCUUUCACUUUUUGACCUUCUGCAUCAGUUCCAAGAGCCAAGUCCUAUAUUAAAAACAAAGCAAAGAACAUAGUGAAUAUUCAUGUAAGGAAAGCACAGCUUUUCUGUGUUUUGAAAUACACUUUUUAAAAAAUGCAGACCACAAGUAUAAAAUAAAAAAGAGAGAGAAACAAAACACAGGAUGAAUCCACUUAAACUCAUUGUGAAAAGCUUUUGAUUUCCUUUUUUCCAAGAAAUACAACAUUAUUAUAAUAACACAUCACACAAUUAUAAAACUGUAACUCAGUUUGUACUGGACAUUGGAAAAGCUCCAAAGUUAUCAGCCAGACAAAACAUUGAAAUUCUCCUAAAAUAACAGACGUCCCAUCUGCUUAAGAGAGAUGAGCCAGCAGCUCAAAUGCAAGCAGCUACAGCCAUGGAUGUAUCAGUACUGCAGACAUGAAGUGUCAGGCUGUUACAGAUUCAUUCCAAGCUACAAGAAAAAACAUCCCUCUCCCUCCAAAUUAUUAUGUUCUACCACAACACUUUGAAAAUAUUAAUUCAAAAAUAGUUUUAUCUGUUAAAGUAGGAUCACAGAAUGGCAUAGGUGGGAAGGGACAAUGAAAUUCAUCUAGUUCCAACCUCUGCCAUAGGCAGGGCUGCUAGACAUGACUGACCAGGAUCUCAUUUAACUUGGCCAUGAAUGGGCUCUAGCACUUCACCACUGUCCAAGGAAAAAUAUUUCUUCUUGACAACUAACCUAGAACUGCCCUCUUUGAGCUUAAGCCUCCCUUAACAUGUCACUAUCAGAUCACACAAAGGUUUGGUCACCGUCCUUCUUGCAGGUGCCCUUCAAGUACUUGAAGGAAACAACAAUGCCCCCCAGCAGCCUUCUCUUCUCCAAGAAAGCAAGCCCAGCUCCCUCAACCUUUCCUCAUGCCAGAGGUGCUCCACACCUCCAAUCAUCUUUGUAGCCUUCCUCUGGACCUGCUCCUAGAGCUCUGCAUCCUUCCUGUAACAGGGGCUCCAGGCUUGGGCACAGUACUUCUGAUUGGGCUUCACCAGGGAAAAGGUGGAACAAUCGCUUCCCUUUCCCAGCUGGCCACCCUCUUUUGACACAGUAACCCAAACUUCACAUUACUAUGAAUUUAGUUUUUAAUUAAGACUGCUAGUGUAACUGUAAUUACAACUGUAAUUCAAACACAUGCUUUUCUGAGAUAUUUAGAAGGUGUUUCUUCGUCAGAACAUAGUAGGGCAACUACAUUGCAGAUCAGAAAGAAAACAUGAAAGUAACCUUCAUACAGAUCAGCUGGAUUCAAAGACAAAAAAUCCCCACCUCUAACAGCAACACCUCAAUCGUUAAGGAUCUUGGAAACAUCAUUUAAUUCCAGUAUUACUACCUCCAAAAGUAACAAGAAAAAGGAUGGACACUAGUGUACCCACAUGCACUAUACUGACAGAUAUAUUUAUAUCAUUAUAUAUAAUUACUUUAUUGUAUUUGUAACAUAUUUAGUAUAUGCAGACACACUAUUAUAUAUUUAGUGUAUACAGACAUAUAUACGCUACAUAUUAGACAUAUAGUAGAGAUACUGUAUUGCAGCACCUGUUCCCCAAAACAAUCAAGUUCCAUCAGCACCAGUUUUACAGGGUUGCUGAUUUUUCUUUUCCAGCUUGUUUUAAACAUACCUGUUCAGUUUUACAAAGCCUUUCUAUGUUAGCUUUGAACUUGCUCAUGCAGUCUUCUGCUAUAUUAAGAUGGACAACUUGCUAGGAGACAGAAAAAUCCAGUGUCAUAGCUUGUUUUUUAUUUAUUUAAACACAUCGAGUAAUCAUUUUGAUCAGCUACAAAACUCAGUCUUACAGCUGUUAUUCACUGUCAUCACGUGUUUUCUCUAUUUCUAUGAUCCCCAUCAUACUUAUAAAACACUAACUGCUCUGCUAUUUUCAAUACCGCAAGCACACAAAGAAUAAAGCAUUUAGAAAUACUAAAAUGAAACACUUGGGAAAAGUUCUUUUCAAAAGCUUCUCAUUGAUGAACAUAAUAUGGAGAACAGUUAAAUAUUGCACUCAACAUGAAAAGGACAGAAUAAACCUGGACAUCAACAACACAAUCACGGAGUAUAAAAGAUUUUCCACUAAGCUGCAGUCAUGACACACUCCUUACCUUAGUGAUCUCUUUACGAUACUGUGGCAUCUUUUUCAUUAAGUGGGCCAGACUGGUUAAUGUUAACUGCAAAGAAACAUGUAAAGUUGAGUUUUCCAUCCCCAUUUUAGACAUGAUUAUUUCCCUUCCUGUUGCUGUUUUGCACUUUCCAAACACUGCAAUAGUUACAGGUUUGUCUGUGUAUAUUCAGGUUUCUCUCCAAUUCAGUUUACAUGAAUUACAUAGAUCUAAUCAGCUGAACACAAAUUAUCAGGACAAACACCCCUCGACAGCUUACUUUUCCUUCUGUUGCUUUCUUCUUCGAUGAAACUUCUUUCAACAGCUGAGAUAUUUCCCUGCACAAAAGGUGAAAAUAAUCAGAACAGGACCACAGUUGUUCAGUGUUCUCAUGAGGUCAUACAAGAACUGAGCAGCAAGAAGAUCUGACAAAGUAAAAGCUUCAAAUACAAGUCUCUCACACAGAGAUAGAAGUUUUCUUCCACAAACAAAAGUGAAAUUAGACAAGCUUUCUUCAAUAUUGCCACAGAUGACAAUGCACACAGUGUUAGCACUUGUUGCUAAAUCCCUUUGGAUUUAACCUGUCUACAAUAUUUCUUGGGAAAACAGUUGACUUUAGGUUUACUCAAGAACAUAAUGAGUGUUAACAGACCUGCAUUUCUCCAUACAUACUGUUUCUAAAAGUACAUGUUCUUCUUGGCAUCAAUUACUGAACAGUAUGAAGACUAUUUUAUAAGCUGUUUUCACUACUCCCACUUUUUUUUCCCCCCCUAAAGUCCAGACAUCCCCUGUCUGAAAGAAGCCUUGGUGAAGUGUACUUUUAGCUACUGCUCAUUACUUCAAAUACAUACUCUAUUACAUCUGCAAUAUGCUUGUGUCGAAUCUUCACCCAGAGCUCAUCAUCUUCUUCCAGAAUUGCUUCCUUUUCCUUCCCAUCUGAUUUGUACCUUCAAAAAGAAUAUUCAGGUUCAUUUUACAGUUUCAUACUAUUUAUUGUUUUUCUUCAUUUUAAUAACUUUCUAGGGAGCAUCAAUUAUUAUAACUUAAUCAGCACACAUGGCAAUCACAGCUACAUACAUGAGCUUUCAUUUAGAAAUCAAGCUAUGGUCUAAAACAGAACUAAGUUUACACUUCACUAAUUGUAGAUUAGAAUAUAGAAGAAUAUAUGAAUUGGAGAACAGUUCUUCAGGGCAAUAUCUUCUGCAUUUCUUUUUGAACCAACAGCAGCUACAGUUUCAAUGAUACAUUUACAUGCACUUCAAUUUCUCAUCAGCUACUAAAAUAAACUUGGUUGCGAAAUAACAUAGUAAGACAUGCGGCUUUAUGUACCAAAUAUAAAACAGACUCUAAUCCUGAAGGGCAAUUGAAGCCCCAUUUGUUCACAGAACCAAUUAAGUAGUACAAACUACUUCACCUAUACAAGUAACGUGCUCCAAAACAUCAGAAAACUACUGUUUCUUUUCUAUAAACAUACAGAACAAAGGAAUGAACAAUCGUAUCACAAAACACUUCUAAUUGCAGGAACUCACGUAGAUCAUAUGUGCAUCCAGAAUGCAGAAAAAUAAGAGAAAAGUUACAAAGUUAAUUGAGCAAGUCAGAUUGUGACUCUACCUAGAAAACAUCCUCUGCUACAUUCAAAAUACACAUAAUUCACUGUCAGAGACACUAACUUCAUGUAACAUUAAAGACAAACGUUCCUGUUUGUUUAACUGAACAGUGAGCACAUAGACUGAUUUCCUAUAGUGGCUGAUCAGAAAGCAAAGACUCAAACAUCUUCAGUGUCACGACAAGUCAAGAGCAAAGCACUGAAAUGAUAUCACUGCUCCAAUUAGUAAUAACGUAAUGCAUUUACACUGAAGAAAGCGUACAUAAACAAGCAUUUCAGGUAGAAACAUGUAAACAUGCAAUGACUAAAUAGGAUGAUGGGAGCUAUGAAAACAAGUGUUCCUGAAAGAAGAUAAUUGUGCUUUUUCUCCAAGGUUAUUGUCCUCUUAGUGGCCUGGUCUGUCUUAUUACACCAAGCGAGGCAGUUUGGAAUCUGUCUGUGCACUAUCAGAGCUUUGAUUCUUGUCUACUAUUAAAUCUGAAUGCAUUUUUUAAAUAAAAAAAACAAACAAACCAACAACAGAGAUUUACUUCAGCAGACAACUAAAAAUGAAAGUCAUUUGUUAGCAUCAAGCUGAGCAAAAGAGUUAAUUAAGUCCUACCUAACUAAAUAAGGAAGCUAAUAAAACUAAGUUAAAAAACCUAUUAACUAAUCAAAGCAAUCCCUACGUACCAUAAGCAGCUAAAAAUACCUACAUUGCAGUUCAGCUACCAAUUCCAUAGAUAUGAUCAAGGAUAAAGUGCUCAGAUUAAAAAGGUACUUGCUUGUAAGUAUCAUUUUCAAUUGGUAGCAGGUCAUACGCCAUUGCCUGGAACGUGAGUUCAUGAAGGACAGUUGAUACUGGG